UAGUGAACUACAUACUUUCAAAGCUGUGACGCUGUAUAGUAAAAUCUUCAUAAUGAUUACUAAUUGGUCGAAUUUAAAUCUACCUGGUUUUCGAUUGGCUGAGAACUUAUUUAUGAACCGCACGCAAUGUAUAAGAGUACGUGUUAUUCAACAACCCAUGUCAGAAGUUUUUCGCAAGCGAAAUUGUAAAGUGGAUUUUUCAACCACCUGUGGCAUACGUAAAUUCUAUAUGGCUAAUAUACUUUAUAAAAAUGUCUGGGAAACAGACCCAGAACUCUUUGAAUUAAUGAAAAAAGAAAAACAAAGACAAGAGUCUGGCCUUGAAAUGAUUGCUAGUGAAAAUUUUACCUCUCUGAGUGUUCUUCAAUGUUUAAGUUCUUGUCUUCAUAAUAAAUAUAGUGAAGGUCUUCCAGGUCAAAGGUAUUAUGGGGGAAAUGAAUACAUUGAUGAAAUUGAAUUGUUGGCACAAAAACGUUCUUUAGAAGCAUUUAAUUUAGAUCCUGAGGAAUGGGGUUGCAAUGUACAACCAUAUUCAGGAAGUCCAGCUAAUUUUGCUGUUUAUACAGGUUUAAUUGAACCUCAUGAUCGUAUAAUGGGUUUAGAUCUUCCUGAUGGAGGACAUCUUACACAUGGUUUUUUUACUUCAAAUAAGAAAGUUUCUGCUACAUCAAUAUUUUUUGAAUCAAUGCCAUACAAAGUUGAUCCAAAAACUGGUUUAAUUGAUUAUGAUAAGUUAGCUGAAGAAGCAAGUUUAUUUAAACCUAAAAUUAUAAUAGCAGGUGUAUCAUGUUAUAGUAGAUGUUUAGAUUACAAACGAUUUAGAGAAAUAGCAGAUGAAAAUAAUGCUUAUCUAUUCAGUGAUAUGGCCCAUAUAUCAGGAUUAGUUGCUGCUGAAUUAAUUCCUAGCCCAUUUGAAUAUAGUGAUGUUGUAUCUACUACAACCCAUAAGACUUUAAGAGGGCCUCGAGCUGGUGUUAUUUUCUUUCGUAGAGGAAUCAAGAGCAUUGACAAAAAUGGUCAAAAAAUUAUGUAUGAUUUAGAAGAUAAAAUUAAUCAAGCUGUGUUUCCAGGACUACAGGGAGGGCCUCACAAUCAUGCAAUUGCAGGCAUAGCUACAACAAUGAAACAAGUUAAAUCAGAAGAGUUUAUCCAGUAUCAGAAACAAAUUAUAGCUAAUGCAAAGAGAUUAUGUUCCAAGCUUCAGGAGUACAGUUAUAAAAUCAGUACAGAUGGAACUGAUGUUCAUAUGCUACUUGUAAAUUUACAAUCUAUGGGUAUUACAGGAUCUAAAGCAGAAAAGAUUUUGGAAAGUAUUUCCAUAGCUUGUAAUAAAAACACAGUGCCUGGUGAUAAAAGUGCAGUAAAUUGCAGUGGUAUUAGACUUGGUACACCUGCAUUAACCACCCGUGGUUUAGUUGAAGAAGAUAUUGAUAAAGUUGUCGAUUUCAUACACAGAGGCUUGUUACUCGCUAAGGAAGUGACUAAAAUCUCUGGUCCUAAGCUUGUUAAUUAUAAAAAUGUAUUAAGUUCUAAUCCAAACAUAAAAGCAAAAGUUACAGCUUUAAGAGAAGAAGUUGAAGCGUUUUCUAGACAAUUUCCUAUUCCUGGUUUUAAAGAAUAUUAA